GUUUGGAUAGGCCAGAGGAGAGGCAGCACAGUAGCAGCUCUGACAUGCGUAUGCAUCGCUGAACCAAAGCCAGGGAACACUCGCAGCAUUUUGAUGACAUCACCCACGCUGUGCUCCCGCCUCCCUCCCCUCUCCCUCCCUCGCUGUGUUUGCUGUUGAAACAAGCUCGCUCUCUCUCCCUCAGAGAGAAAAGAGCAGGCAUCAGUAAAAGAACAAGAGCUGGCUAGGAAGAGGAGGGGCUGCCUGUGAGCGAAUCGAGAGGGAGAGAGAGCUUUGGGGGGAGGCGGGGGGGAGGCUGACAGCGCUAGUGGGCUAGGACUGGCACACACACAAACACACAGGAAGAGACGAGGAGAGGGAAUAUUGCCGUGCAUUGUUGAGACUUCUAUUGCGUUCUGUUCUGUUGCUGUUUCUUUGUAAUCAGAGGAAAAAAGUUCUCACGCAGUUUGUCCGCAGCCUUUCUGGAUUUUUCCGUAAUGAAACAGCAACGGGAGACUCCGUGGAUUGGCAAGUGGGCAUGAGGCGCCAGGGUGGAAUACUUCUCUAACUAGCCAGGCUAUGCUCUCUUUCCUCCUCUCCCAGCACAGUUUCACUCCUCACUGAGCGAGCUGGCAGAGGAAUCACACUGGUAGCACUUCUUGGGACUCUUCCUCAGCAGCAGCUCACUCUGUCGUCCAGGAUGAUGCCUUUCAUCAGCACCUGUGGAGGGUAGUAUUCAAGGAGCAAAUGUGAGAGCUGUUUAUUUUCAGGAAGAGUGGUUUGUUCGGGGGUUUUGUGAAAUGAAACUUUGAGGAGUUGUGUUAAAUUUGUGCCUUCUGGUGAAGCCUAACUUUUGAGAUCCACCAUGCUGAGCCUGCAGGAUUCAGUCUUCUUUGAGAUCAGCAUCAAAUCUCUGCUCAAGUCAUGGAGUAGCAGCUCUUCUGCCCCAGUCAGCAGCAGCGUGAGUAGACGCCGUGCCCCCUCCUCGGUGACUCCCCUCUCGUGGGAGAAACACAGCAUCGCCGCCAUGUCGAGCAUCACCAUCGACCCCGAGCUCAAGCCGGGGGAGUUUGUCAUCAAGAGUCUAUUUGCUGAGUUUGCUGUGCUGGCGGAGAAGAAGAUCGAGAUGGUGAUGGCUGAACCGCUGGAGAAACCUCUGUCCCGGUCCCUCCAGAGAGGAGAAGAUGCACAGUUUGACCAGUUAAUAAGCUCUAUGAGCUCAAUAGCAGAACACUGUUUGCCCUCCUUACUGCGCACACUGUUCGACUGGUACCGGCGGCAGAGUGGCACUGAAGACGAGUCGUACGAGUACAGGCCUCGCUCCAGCACCAAGUCCAAAGGGGAUGAACAGCACCGGGAUAAAGAUUACCUUUUGGAGCGGAGAGACUUAGCCAUAGACUUCAUUUUUUGUUUAGUUUCAGUGGAAGUUUUAAAACAGAUUCCUCUUCAUCCAGUGCCAGAUGUUUUAGUACAUGAAGUUCUGAAUCUGGCAUUCAAGCACUUUAAACACAAAGAGGGGUACUGUGGCCCCAACACUGGCAAUGUUCAUAUCAUUGCAGACCUUUAUGCCGAGGUCAUUGGUGUCCUUACACAGUCAAAGUUUCAGGCAGUCAGAAAGAAGUUCAUCACAGAGCUGAAGGAGCUCCGGCAGAAAGAGCAGAGUCCUUACGUAGUCCAGAGCAUCAUCAGUCUCAUCAUGGGCAUGAAGUUCUUUCGAGUUAAAAUGUACCCCGUGGAGGAUUUUGAGGCUUCUUUUCAGUUCAUGCAGGAAUGUGCUCAGUAUUUCCUGGAAGUCAAGGAUAAGGAUAUCAAGCAUGCUCUAGCAGGCCUUUUUGUGGAGAUCCUUAUCCCUGUUGCAGCUGCUGUGAAAAAUGAAGUCAACGUGCCGUGCCUGAAGAAUUUUGUGGAGAUGCUGUACCAGACAACAUUUGACCUGAGCUCCAGAAAGAAGCACUCUUUGGCUCUCUAUCCCCUGGUCACAUGCUUACUGUGUGUCAGUCAGAAGCAGUUCUUCCUCAACAACUGGCACAUCUUCCUCCAGAACUGCCUCUCACACCUCAAGAUGCCGUCUAACAACAGCAUCCGAAAGCAGAUUGAGACGCUGCAGAACAAAGACCCAAAAAUGUCACGUGUAGCACUGGAGUCGCUCUACAGACUGCUGUGGGUUUACAUUAUCAGGAUCAAGUGUGAGAGCAACACUGUCACACAGAGUCGACUACUCAGCAUCGUUUCAGCACUUUUCCCCAAAGGCUCCCGCAGUGUUGUUCCUAGAGACACACCCCUUAACAUCUUCGUCAAGAUCAUCCAGUUCAUAGCUCAGGAAAGACUGGACUUUGCAAUGAAGGAGAUCAUCUAUGACCUCCUGUGUGUGGGGAAAUCUCACAAGACCUUUACCAUCAACCCCGAGCGGAUGAAUAUCGGUCUGCGAGCGUUCCUGGUGAUUGCUGACAGCCUGCAGCAGAAAGACGGCGAGCCUCCGAUGCCUACAACAGGGAUCAUUAUGCCCUCUGGUAACACGCUGCGUGUCAAAAAGAUCUUCCUUAACACCACUCUCACUGAUGAAGAAGCCAAGGUCAUAGGGAUGUCACUUUACUACCCACAAGUAAGAAAGGCCUUAGAUAACAUCCUUCGUCACCUGGACAAGGAGGUGGGACGCUCCAUGAGUAUGACCAACGUGCAGAUGUCCAACAAGGAGCCUGAGGACAUGAUAACUGGAGAAAGGAAGCCAAAGAUCGAUCUGUUCCGUACGUGUGUGGCCGCAAUCCCGAGACUGAUACCAGAUGGGAUGAGCAGACAAGACCUAAUAGAGCUCUUGGCAAAACUGACCAUCCACAUGGACGAGGAGCUCCGAGGCCUCGCCUUCACCACCCUUCAAGCCCUGAUGGUCGAUUUCCCAGAGUGGAGGGAAGACGUACUCUCAGGCUUUGUGUACUUCAUCGUCAGAGAGGUGACGGAUGUCCACCCGACGCUGCUUGACAAUGCCGUCAAGAUGCUGCUGCAGCUUAUUAGCCAGUGGAGGCAGGCGGUGCAGAGUAGCAACAAGAGCUACGAUGUGCAGGGUUCCAACAGCGGCCACUCUCUGUCGCUGGACCGCACUCCUCCUUUAGGCGUGCUGCAUGUGGUGGAGGGUUUAGCUCUGGUAGUGCUCUGUAGCUGCCGACCUGCAACACGCAGGCUGGCUGUUAACGUCCUCAAGGAGGUCCGAGCGCUGCAUACUGCACUGGGCAUCAGCAAGGGAGAUGAGGAGUUAGCGAUCGACGUAAUGGAUAGAUUAAGUGCGUCGGUGUUGGAGAGCUUCAUUCAUCUCACAGGAGCUGACCAGACGAACCUGCUCUACUGCCCCAGUGGGAUCGAUCUUCAGACGCUGGCCGAGUGGAGCUCCUCUCCCAUCAGCCACCAGUUUGAUGUGGUGAGUCCGUCACACAUCUGGGUGUUCGCCCACGUCACUCAGGGCCAGGACCCCUGGGUCAUCAGCUUCUCCAGCUACCUGCGGCAGGAGAACCUGCCCAAACAUUGCCCCACUGCCCUCAACUACGCCUGGAUGUUUGCCUACACCCGCCUGCAGCUGCUGUCGCCACAAGUUGACAUCAACAGCCCCAUCAAUGCCAAGAAAGUGAACAGUCUGAACAGCAGCGACUCCUAUGUAGGCCUUUGGAGGAACUACUUGAUCCUCUGCUGCAGCUCAGCCACCUCCUCCCCCUCCAUGUGCUCCUCUUCCUCCACCUCUGGCUCCGUCCGCUGCUCCCCGCCUGAGACGCUGGCGUCCACGCCGGACAGCGGCUACAGUUAUGAUUCAAAGAUUGUUGGCACUCCGUCCCCCUCCUCCCUCUUCAAACACAUCGUUCCCAUGAUGCGCUCUGAGAGCAUGGACAUCACAGAGUCUCUGGUGUUGGGGCUUGGCAGGACCAACCCCGUGGCUUUCAGAGAGCUGAUAGAGGAGCUGAAUCCCAUCAUAAAAGAAGCUCUAGAAAGAAGACCUGAAAACAUGAAGCGACGCAGGCGUCGUGACAUCCUCAGGGUCCAGCUGGUCCGGAUAUUUGAGCUGCUUGCUGAUGCUGGUGUCAUCAGUCAGAUAGCCAGUGGAGGGUUAGACGGAGAGAGUCACUCUCUGAACAGCACGCUGCUUGAGUACGUUGAUCUGACCAGGCAGCUGCUGGAGGCUGAAAAUGACAAGGACUCUGACACACUGAAGGACAUCCGCUGUCACUUCAGUGCUCUCGUGGCCAACAUCAUUCAGAAUGUCCCAGUGCAUCAGAGGAGGACGAUCUUCCCCCAGCAGUCCCUGAGACACAGUCUGUUCAUGCUGUUCAGUCACUGGGCUGGCCCCUUCAGCAUCAUGUUCACCCCACUGGACCGCUACAGUGACAGAAAUAUGCAGAUCAACCGCCAUCAGUACUGUGCACUAAAGGCCAUGUCUGCAGUGUUGUGUUGUGGACCAGUGGCUGAUAAUGUCGGCCUCUCCUCUGAUGGCUACCUCUACAAGUGGCUGGACAACAUCCUGGAUUCUCAGGACAAGAAGGUUCACCAGCUGGGUUGUGAGGCUGUGAUGCUGCUGCUGGAGCUGAAUCCGGAUCAGAGCAACCUCAUGUUCUGGGCCGUGGACCGCUGCUACACUGGUUCACGCCGUGUGGCUGCAGGCUGCUUCAGGGCCAUUGCUAAUGUAUUUCACAACAGGGAUUACCAGUUUGACACUGUGGUGCUGCUGAACUUGAUUCUGUUCAAGGCGGCUGAUUCUUCCAGGGAUAUCUACGAAGCGGCCAUGCAGCUGUUACAGAUCCUGGAACCCAAGCUCUUCCGUUAUGCCCACAAAUUGGAGAUCCUGCGAACAGAUGGUAUCCUGACCCCUCCCUCACCGCUGCCACACCUUUACUCCGUGUCUUACUACCAGCUGUCUGAAGAGCUUGCAAGAACGUACCCUGAGCUGACUCUGCCCAUCUUCUCAGAGGUGAGCCAGCGUAUCCAGACAGCACAUCCUGGUGGUCGUCAGGUCAUGUUACACUACCUCCUGCCCUGGAUGAACAACAUAGAGCUGGUUGACUUCAAACCAACUGUACGUAGACCAGAGGACUGCGGCAGCGGCGAGGAGGACGAGGAUGUACAUGAGCGGGAGAUCAUGAUGGUCAACAGCCGAAGGUGGCUCCGAGGAGAGGGUUGGGGCUCACCACGUGCAACAACCAUGGUGCUUAACAAUCUCAUGUUCAUGACUGCAAAGUACGGAGAUGAGUUUGCUUGGUCGGAGAUUGAGAAUGUAUGGACCACGUUAGCAGACAGCUGGCCAAAGAACCUCAAAAUCAUUCUGCACUUCCUCAUCAGUAUGUCAGGAGUCAGCAGUGACCCCAGCCUCCUGCCCUAUGUGAAACGAGUUGUUGUUUACCUGGGCAGAGAUAAGACUAUGCAGCUGCUGGAGGAGUUGAUGUGUGAGCUGGAGUUGACAGAUCCUGUCAGCUCAGCGGUCACUCACAUGGACAACCCCCCCUAUUACCGAAUCACCUCCAGUUACAAGAUCCCCUCAGUCACCUCAGGAACAACCUCCAGCAGCAAUACCAUGGUGCCAGGAAACGAAGGUCAUCAUGACAGCAAGCUCAAAGAUCCAAACAUGGAGGACAGUUACACCCACCUGGAUAUCUACAGUGGUCUGAACAGUAACUUGAACCGCCAGCACCACCGUCUGGAGUCUCGUUACAGCAGCAGCUCUGGAGGAUCCUACGAGGAAGAAAAGAGUGACUCCAUGCCAGUUUAUGCUAACUGGCGUUUGAAGGUGAUGGAUCACAACCGGCCGGAGCCGCUACCCUUCCCUCCUACAGGAGGCUGUUGGUCUCCUCUAGUGGACUACCUGCCAGAAACAAAUGCACCUGCUGUACCGCUUCAUAGAUGCAACAUUGCCGUCAUCCUGCUGACAGACCUCAUUGUUGACCAUGGUGUCAAAGUCGAAUGGAGUGCCUACUUGCACCUUUUGUUACAUGCAAUUUUUAUAGGUUUUGAUCACCAGCACCCAGAAGUCUAUGAGCACUGCAAACGCCUCCUCCUUCAUCUGCUCGUCGUCCAGGGAGCAAACAGCAGCGUCCAGUCUGUGGCCAUGGUGCUUCUGCGUAACAGAGACUACAAUGAGCCCAGGGUCCUGACCGUGAAGCCUGCAGCUCCCGAGUUCAACCUCACAGGAGUGCAAGAGUUGUUACCAGAUUGCCAACCAUCACCAAUGACCGACUCCGGCCUCAGCUCCAGCUCCACAUCAUCCAGUAUAAGUCUGGGGGCGGGGGGAACCGCUCUAUCCCACCUCUCCCCCUCACUCCUCAGUGAGGUAGACGCCACAGCUGAGCAGGACGAGAAGGUCAAAGCUCUGAUAGAGUUCAUCACCUCCAGGAAACGAGGCCCGCUCUGGAACCACGAGGACGUGUCGCCUAAAAACCCCAACAUAAAGAGUGCUGACCAGCUGAGCGUGUUUGUCAGACAUGUAGUGACCGUCUUCAAACAGUCCCCAUCAGGUUUCCAGCUGGAGUCGCUGCUGAGUGAAGUUGCUUUACAAACAGCUCUGUCGUGCUCUUCUCGACACUACGCUGGUCGAUCGUUCCAGAUUUUCAGGGCACUUAAACAACCUCUGACUCCAGCAUUACUGUCUGACAUCCUCUCUCGGCUGGUGGAGACUGUGGGAGACCCCGGAGAGGAGGCUCAGGGCUUUGUGAUUGAACUCCUCCUGACACUGGAGUCAGGCAUCGACACGCUGGCCGACAAAGUUAAAAACUAUGACCUCCUCACUGCCUUAGCUCAAACGUCUACCCGUGAUCACUUGCUUGGUCCAAAGUUUGCUGCGAACAGGAAGAGCACAGGCCAGCUGAACCUGAACAGCGGCGGCCUGUUCCAUCACGUCCACACGCGCAGCAAUUCUCUCCGUGCCAGUUUGAUGGGUGAACGAAAAGGAGACCGAAGACGGAGUAACACCCUAGAUAUAGCUGACAGACUCGGUGGUAGCCAUGGAAACCUGGCACGCACACGGAGCUUAUCAUCUUUAGGUGGAGGAGGGGGUCCAGGAGGGGACGCCAUCCCCCCCGUGGACCCAUCAAACUUGAUGGCCACUGUGUUCUGGAUCGCCGCCUCUUUGCUGGAGUCGGACUACGAGUUUGAGUAUCUGCUGGCUCUGCGGCUGCUGAACAAGCUGCUGGGUCAGCUUCCUCUGGACCGUCCAGACAGCAGAGACCGUUUGGAGAAGGUUCAGGCAAAGCUGAAGUGGUACAGCUUCCCCGGCCUGCUGCAGCUCUUCCUGAAGGGCUUCACCUCAGCUUCUACUCAGGAGCUCACCAUCCACCUGCUGAGUAAACUCAUCAGUGUGUCCAGACACACACUGAUAGACCCCUCACAAGUGGCAGGUUUCCCCCUGAACAUCCUGUGCCUCCUACCACAUCUCAUCCAGCACUUUGACAGCCCGACUCCCUUCUGUAAGGAGACGGCUGAUAAGAUAGCCAAAGUGUGUGCAGAGGAGAAGUCUGCCACACUAUCAAACCUGGCUCAUAUGAUGAGUCUGUACAGCACAAACAGCUACUCCCGUGACUGCACCAACUGGAUCAACGUGGUCUGUCGCUACCUCCACGAUGCCUUUGCUGAAAUCACCUUAAACCUGGUCACGUACCUGGCUGAGUUGCUGGAGAAAGGCCUUCCCGGCAUGCAGCAGUCGCUGCUGCAGAUCAUCUACAGCCUGCUGAGUCACAUCGACCUUUCAGCAGCUCCUGUCAAACAGUUCAACCUGGAGAUCAUGAAGAUCAUCGGGAAAUAUGUUCAGAGCCCUCAUUGGAAGGAGGCCCAAAACAUUCUGAAGCUGGUCGUGUCUCGCUCUGCCAGCCUCGUUGUUCCAGACGACGUGCAGCGCUCGUAUAGUACUGACUCAUGUGGAUCUCCAGAAAUUGCCUUCACACGCAUAUUUAACAAUUCCUCUAAGGAGCUGCCUGGGAAAACUCUGGACUUCCAUUUUGACAUCUCAGAGACACCAAUCAUUGGGCAUAAAUAUGGGGAUCAGCGUACUGCAGCAGGCAGGAAUGGAAAGCCACAGGUAAUCGCUGUGACUAGGAGUACCUCCUCCACGUCAUCCGGCUCCAACUCCAAUGGGCUCGUUCCUGUAAGCUGGAAGAGGCCUCAGCUCUCCCAGAGAAGAACCAGGGAGAGGCUGAUGAAUGUGCUGUCUUUAUGUGGCCCAGAGUCUGGCAUUCCCAAAAAUCCAUCCGUAAGACUCCUCUCCUACUCUAAAGCCUCAGACAAGGUGGUCUUUUCAUCCAGCGAGGACCUGGACUCUGCGGACCAGCAGACCAGUCUAAUUCCCACUGUGGAGGAGGUGGUCAGAGAGGAGGAGGUGCAGGGAGAAGAUACGGGCAGUGAGCAGCAGUUUGGAGUCUUUAAGGACUUUGACUUUUUAGACGUGGAGUUGGAGGAUGCCGAGGGGGAGAGCAUGGAUAACUUCAACUGGGGAGUGCGCCGCCGCUCCCUGGAGAGCAUGGACAAAGGGGACACGCCGUCUUUGCAGGAGUGCCAGUUCACCGGCAGCACGCCAAGCCUCAACCUCACCAACCACGAGGACACAGACGAAUCGUCUGAGGAGGAGGUACUGAGCGCUAGCCAGAUUCUCACCCGCUCUGGCCUUCUGAACAGUGACUCUGCUACAGACGACACAGCAUCCAACCAUGUGGACUCCCUGCAGCAGUCUCAGGAGUCGUCCAGCAGCGCCCUGACAGAGGAGGCAGCCGGCCUGCCCUCUCUGCCCUCUCUGCCCUCCCUCCCUCGCCUGGAUAGCCCCAUAUUGGAGAUGGCCCACUCAGACAGCACCAGCAGCCAGCUGCCUGAGGACGCUGUGAGCAUGACCGCAGCAGAUGAGCUGAGCAGCAGCAUGAGCGAGGACACAGGGUUCUGUAGCGCCCCCCCUUUGCCCUCUGACCCCCAGGAGCUUUGUGACCUCCAGGACUCACAGGAUGCACAGGACGCUCAGGAACCUCAGGAGCCCCAGGAGAUCCAGGACCCUCACGAAGACCUGGAGCCUGCCCCCCCUCCCCCGCCAGCCAUAGACACUCCACCGGGGUCACUCUCUGAGGAGGACCCCCAAACCGUCCUGCCCCUAACUCUGCCCCUGCCCAUGCCGUCUGAGGCGAAGACAGAUGUGGAUCCAGACCCGGACAGCACCUGUGGAUCUAUGUGGGAGGAAGAUGUGACGCAGGCGCUGAAGGAGCUGGACGAGCGCUGUGAGGAGGAGGAGGCUGAUUUCUCUGGCAUGUCCAGUCAAGAUGAAGGUGACGCAGACUGCUUCCCAGAGAUCCAGGCCUCUCCGCCCCCUUCGCCCUUCCUCUCUGCUAUCCUGGCAGCGUUCCAGCCUGUUGCCUACGACAAUGAGGAAGAUGCUUGGCGUUGCCAUGUCAACCAGAUGUUGUCAGACACAGAUGGGUCCUCUGCUGUUUACACCUUCCACGUGUUCUCCAGACUCUUCCAGAGCAUUCAGAGGAAAUUUGGCUCCAUUACUCAUGCAUCUGUUCGCUUUCUUGGAGAGAGGCUCCAGCGAAUGGGCAAUCAGUUCCUCAGCUCCCUGGAAGUCAUGACAUCUCGCUCACAGUGCCCCACUGUGCUGCUGGAUGCAGAGACGCUGGUCUCUUGUGGACUGUUGGAGACUCUGAAGUUUAGUGUGCUGGAGUUGCAGGAACACCUGGACACCUACAAUGCCAAGAAAGAAGCAGCAGAGCUUUGGCUGGAAAACUGCAGGAAAACAUUUGGAGACAAAGACAGCAGCCAACGGCCAAAUACUCACGCACAGCAAAUGGAAAAACUAGCAGAGCUGGAGUUAUGUCGCAGGCUCUAUAAGCUGCACUUUCAGCUGUUGCUGCUCUUUCAGGCCUACUGUAAGCUCAUCAGCAGGGUGGACACCAUCAAGAGAGAGGCCGAGGUGACCAACAUGUCUGAAGAACUCAGCAUCCUGGAGAGCUGUCUGAAGGAGGCAGAGACAGGAAAUGAUGGUCAGGAGGAUGUGUGCAUGUCAGACGCAGCGCAGACAAACACGGAGACAGCGAUUCAAUCACUGAUAGAAAGUCUGAGAGGCAGAGACUUCAGCUCUGCCCUCUCUCAGGUCAAAAUCUUCAGGUCUUUGUGGCCCAACGACAUCUUUGGCAACGAGACAGACGAUGCAGUCCAGACCCUCCUGCACAUCUACUUCCGUCAUCAGACGUUGGGUCAGACGGGCUGCCUGGCGGUGGUCGGCCCCAGCAGGGAUCUGUCUCAGGCCAGCACCCGCCUCAUGGAGCUCAACCUGCAGAUCCGAGAGGCUCUGAGUCAGGCGCAGGCCUGCCAGACCCACACCACCAUGGUCAGCACGGGACUGUGAGGCUGUGGUUCUGCAGGCUGCAGACCUGGACUAGACUGGACACAAACACCCUUCUCCCUGCUCUACACAGACCUCAACUCAGCUGUAGAGAGAGGGUAGACAGCGAGGGGGAUCGGAGGAGGACGAGAGAGACUCCACCUAUAAAGGGCUAAAGGAUGUGUGGGAAUAACUGUGACUCUUAAUAUAUUAUAUUACAUGUAUGAAUGCUUAAAGCUAACAUCUUUUCCCAGACGAAGCCAACCUGCAAAAUUCAGUUGCAAUAAGUCAUGUGGUGGUGUGUUUGGAGAAGAAUAUGAGAGGACGCAGUGGAUUUUUUCUUCUUUUUGUUUUUUUUUUAAUUUUUGUUUUCGCUGGAUCUGACCUGAUGGAUCCAUCGCACGGAGCGGUGGCGUCCUCGGGUCCUGGGCUGGAAGACGAUAAUGAAGCUUGUAAAACCAGCCCAGAGGAGGUGUGUGAGGAUGCACCGUGAGGAUUCAUAAGCAAACACAGGAGAAAAAAUCUUGUUUAAAAAAAAAAAAAGUUUUGAAAAGCAUGCUUGAAAGAGAGAAGCACUGCAAGAAUAUUUUUUUGAGAAAUGUAUUUUUUAUUAGAGCUAACAUCCUAGGUUGUAAAUGUUAGGAUAUUUAACAUGUAUUGUAACCCUGUGGGAAGCCUUCAGGGAGUGUAAAAAGAGAAAUCUAUCUGUUUAUUGAUCUGCUUUGAGAGGAGAGUCCCCUUCAACAGGUCAUCACGCAAAUCUCACUCUUUAACCAAAUAAGUAGCUGCCUUUAGACUGUGUGGAAUAUAUAUUGGAUAUUCUGGUAUAUACGCUCACACACAAAUGCAUAUAAUUGCACACGAGUGCAGACUGGCUACAACUCAUUAAGGAAACAUAACUUAUUUUACUCUGUAUAUAUUUUAGAAAGUGUAUAGUGUAAAACCAGUAUUUUUCCCUUGUACUUUUGUGUAAUGCACUGUUCAUCCGGGUAGGAUGUCUGUAUAAAGCUAACAAGAUGAGAGAAAGCCACGACCAGGUCUGAGUCUUUAAUGAUCCGCUCCACCUUCAUUCAAUCACACAAACUUUCCCAAAGGCUGCCUCGGCUAGUGCUGGUUGUGAGCUCACUAAAGUAAGGGUCCAGGCUCAUUUGGGACAAGCCACCAGUCUGCAUAAAUGAUGAUGACGGCAUGGGAGAUCUGAUGUAGCCUAAAUACCCGUUUAGACCGCGCCCAUCCAGCCGAGUCAUAUGCAUUCCUUCUCUCCACUGUGAUCUUUCUGUUUGUCUCUUCUGCAUCGGCUCUGCUUAAAUGAAGGGAGAAUAGGGUUUGUGUUCGUCCCUGUAGGACGAUCCUAGGGCUGGGCAAUAUUAGUCUAAUAUAUCUUGGUAUUUGUUUAGCUGAAUAGCGAUAUGUUGUACAAGUCUCAAUAAAUAUUCCAGUAAAGAAAUAACAAACAGUAAAAAUACCAGAACGAAAAACUUUGAUAUGGGUCCAGUAAAAAUAAAAACAUACUUAAACUGGUGGGAUACCAUGGGGACAAAGUCUAUAAUGUAUAGUAGACACUCAAUAUUGGGAAAAUUUCAUUUCUGCACACUGCUAAAAUUGCACAAAUAUGUUGGCAACAUUUGGAAAAGUGUGUGAAACUGGCUGGGAGCUUGGGUAAGCCUCACACCUUGCAGAUUCCAUGCACAAAUUUGCAAAAUGUUGACAUUGUCUCUCUUUUAGUCAAAAAUAAAUCUGAAGAUCAUUAAGUUUC